CGUGAAACGAAGAGUUGCAAGAAACAGAAAAAUCGUGGACAAGUUCGAUGUAGUGACUGUCGUUAGAGGUGCUUUAUGAAGGCGUUUCACUUUCCUUCAAUUUCAUGAAUUCCGUCGUGUCAUGAUGAGUGUAACUUGUUGAUUAUUCAGAGUUUCAACUUCAAAAAUCUAGCUCCUGUGUGGUAGUUGUACACUUUUGUUCCAAGAAGUCUUCUUGCCGGUACAUCUUAGAAGUGGUUCUUGCCGUGGACAGCUCAAUUGAGGGCCCGGAUCGCUUCUUCUGCCACUGUUCGAUUGAAGGUACAAAACUACAUUUUGAGGCUCUAGAAGGAUUGUUGUCAUGUGAAAUUGAGCUACGAAAGCUGAAAUGAUCCAGAAGCUGCUGAUACUGACCAUUAAAGCGUUACAGCAUCAGGUUCACGGGUUGUAUAUCAUUCACACUAUUGUCCAUUCGAGGUAUUUCUUGGAGUCGUGCGAAGAAUUAUCCAGCCAGGGUACGUAUCGCGGACUACACGUAGUGGCGUCAUCCCGCAAAGGCGACGAGACCGGAAAGGUAGUUUAGUGUGCUGAACGAUGCAACUGAUUAUACUGAGUCUUACCAUCAUGUUGCAUGAUGAAGUCGGAACGUCGAAAUAAUAAAGAAGACUUCACGGUACAGAUGUGCACCCUCAUCUCUAUCUCAUCCACCACAUUCAUAGUGAUAUCCCUGCUGCAUCAUGACAAAACAACGAAAACAAAUCUAAAAACCAGGCAUCAUGUGGCAGCUGCGCUUUUUCUUGCAGAAGCUGGUCUGCGUCUUCUUCACCCUGCUAUGCCGUGGAAAACUACUUGAACCAGCAGCAGAAAUCGAAAUGUAUUUCAAUUUGUAUUUGUAAUGCUGAUUACGCAAACGCACCCUCGUAUCCUAUCGCAUACCAGAAAGAAUGAGGAUGGGGAACAAACCUCAACAUGAUGAACGCGGUAGUUUUCCACAGCAUAGUUUGGUGCCUCUGCUCUGCAGAAUGCUGGAAACCGCCAGGGCAUCGAUGCCGAGUUUGAAGAUGAUGCCUAUCCAUGCAACUUUCUUUAAUCAAGUGACGCCUUACUUUGGAAGUUGCAUGUUCACGCAAUAGUGAGCGUCGAUGUCGAAUAAAGGUUUCAUUUUUCAAGCAUAACUCACGUCUUCAGUAUGUCUAUGUUGAUUUUACGCUUCCUACCCGGUGGACUGGGGUAGGUCGCAUCAGCUUGUCGCAAUCUUACAGAAAUUUGAUUUACAACCAAGAUUUGUACUGACAAGACAAAGAUGAUCUACUUGAUUACAAAUUUUUGCUUGGAUGGGACGCAUGAAGAGUUUACCGACGAGGUGCCGGAGGCGGUGAACCUGAUGGAGAUGGACACGGUGACGAGCAUAUCGUACAUGAUAAAAGCACCAUUGCCCUAAAUUUGUAAUGCAAUACCGCGUCCAACAGACUCUGUUGCUGGACGCGGUAUUUGUAUUCUUGCAUUAGAACAUGAUCGAGUUCUGUUGAACAGAGGAGAUCGAGUUCGAUAUCAACAUGUUCAAGUUCAUUUGAUGUAAAAAACAAAACAUGCGACGUAAUUUCAUGCGUGACCAAUCUAGGGCGAUGGUAGUUUUGUUCAGGACACAGCAACAAGGUUGACACGGUGAAAAACAAGGUGGUGGUCAAGCAGGAGGUGAACAAGAAGGAGGCGACGACCAACAAGGCGGAAAAGAAAAAAGCGGAGGCGAAGAAGGCCACUGCGUCGGCGGGUGAACACGGGAAAGCGGCGCAUGCGGCUGCGGCUACCACGACGGGGAACGGAGGUCGCAUAGAAUCGCAGAUGCAGCAAAAACAUGCGUCCCGCGGUGGUCCAAAAACCGCUGGAGUGCCGGUGGAGCAAUGAGCACGAACAAUGAGAAUCAUGAUGCUUCCACUUAGACGUCAAAUAAAGCGUGUCGAAACAAAUGCAAAUCAAUGGGCACGCGCAAUGCACUUUCGUGCACAAGAACUGAAGACUCUAGUAUUUCUAGUUGGAUCAUAAUCAUAGAUAAUGUUAUGGUAUCGAUUGCGCAUCAUGAUACGAAGUCAACCCACCGACAUUGAGCGCCUUGAACAUUUGAUGCCGUGCCCGGGCGCGGAAAGAAAGAAAGAAACCCACCGACGUCGUCCUCUACUUUUCCCUUUCAUCAGCUAGCGACUCAGGUGAAAACAAACUGAAAUUAUUUGUUGCGUUGAAUAGUCAACAGCGCUCGCCACUUCAACUUCUUUGGAUGUCUAUGUACGAUGAUGUGUCACAGUAAAACAAAAAAUGUAACAUGUAAUUCUGCAAAUGCACUUGCUGCAGCUGCCCUGCUAUUAAAAUAUGAAUAUGUACAAACAGUUUAACCCCUUUGAAGCACUUGAUCAAAUUGAACAGAAGUCAGUGCUAAUGUGUGCUUACUUAUGGCCCAUUGGUAAUGGUAUAGAUCUUUGUCUUU